AUGGGGAAAGGAACUGAUAAACUCUAUAUUACCCAUUCGGAGUGGGCUUCUGAGGAUGCAUUUUCCGCUAACGUUGGCGCUGGCGCUGCGCGGCGGAAGACUGGAGGCCCUCACGCAUCCUUUAAACGACUACCUUUCAAUUUUUGCUCCUUAUCUCUCCAGCCCUUUUCCCACCCCGUAUGCACAUCCGAUGGCAUAAUAUUUGACCUCACACACAUCCUACCCUGGAUUAAAAAGAACGGUACCAAUCCUGUUACCGGCGCCCCUACGAAGAACUCGGACCUUAUCAAGUUACACUUUGCAAAGAAUGAUUCGGGAGAAUAUGUUGACCCCGUUACGUACAAAGUAUUCACGGAUAACACACAUAUAGUUGCGCUCGGAAAUACGGGCAAUGUAUUUGCAUGGGAUACAGUACAAAGGCUUAACGUUAAGCCUAAACUAUGGCGAGACCUGGUUUCCGACGAAGAAUUCAGCAGGAAGGAUAUUAUCACAUUGCAGGACCCGCAUAAUGUGAAUUCCCGGGAUCUGAAUAAUUUCAAAUACCUGAAGGAUGGAGAGAGUAAUGUUGCAAGUAGGAAGGAUGACCAAAGUAUCAAUCUUAAUGCAAUGGGCAGCUCUGCAAAGAUCCUACGAGCAAAGGAAGCUGUUGCUAAAGCGAGGGCUGAAAGAGAGCAGAAGGCAGCAUCUGCUACUGCGUUAAACCAGAGGCAAAAAGAAACCUCGUCGGUCAAGAAGAACCAGACUUCUAGUCAAAGCGGCAAACCGGUACCGUUCAAUGCUGCAAGGCAUACCACCGGCUUAGCUGCUGCUUCCUUCACUAGCACCGGUUUAACCCCACACACUGCUGCGGAUCUUUCGAUACUGACAGAUGAGCAAUAUAUGCUGAAACGCGGCCGAGUUAAGUUCAAUGGAUAUGCCCGGAUAGUUACCAACAUGGGCGACCUGAAUAUUGAACUACAUACAGAACAUGCGCCAAAAGCCGUGUGGAAUUUCAUCCAACUAGCUAAGAAGGGCUAUUAUAAGGAUGUUACUUUUCACCGCAAUAUUAAAGGGUUUAUGAUCCAGGGUGGCGAUCCAACUGGAACUGGUAGGGGAGGUGAAAGUAUCUGGGGCAAAAAUUUCGCGGAUGAGGUUAUUGGGCCACUCAAGCAUGAUGCCAGAGGGACGCUAAGUAUGGCCAAUAAAGGGAAAGACACCAAUAGCAGCCAAUUCUUUUUUGCAUAUCGGGCGGUUCCUCAUUUGAACGGCAAACACACAGUGUUCGGCCAUUUAAUCGAUGACCCUUCUCCGUCUUCUCCAACUUUGGAUGCAAUGGAAGUGGCUCCCGUGGACUCCAACACUAAUCGGCCUACUCCUCCUAUCAUAAUUCUUGAUGUGGUAGUUUUUGUGGACCCGUUUGAAGAAUUCCUGAAUAAAAAACGAGAGGAAGAGAAUGCACAACAGCAAGCCCUUUCUGGAGCAAGUGGUGCUACCAAUAAAGGGGACGAUGACCAAGUUACAUGGACUGGAAAGAGACUACGUGGUAAUGAUUCUAACAAGGGCAGCGGUGCUCCUGGAAGUACAUCGGGAGUUGGCAAAUAUUUGAAGUCUGCGACUGCUGCAUCUGAGGGGAAUGAGGAUGAAAUUGUUGGAUUUGUCGAUGAUGAGCCUGAACUAGAACAUACACGGAAGAAGGCUAAGAAUGCAGGGCGCGGAGGCUUUGGCAACUUUGACACUUGGUGA